AUGUUCUGUGGUCCUCCCCUCCCCUACCUCGCCAACGGGUCGCAGGCCACGAGCUGGGCGCAGUAUCUCGACGAGAUUGGCGACGAUCUCGACGGUGACGGCCAAGGUGCUGUGGAUCAUUUCGGUGGCCCCAUCGGUAAGGCGCCGUUGAAAUGGCCUCGCAACUCAGAAAACAUUGCUGUUAUCCCUUACUGCUACUUCGACGAAAAAGAACGCGAGUCGAUGCACGAAGUUAUCGAGGCCGCCAUACAAUCGUGGAUGACGUACGUGUAUAUCCAGUGCGACCUUUGA